AUGAGAGUUGACAACUACUCUUGUUCGUACAAUAGACAUCUCUCUUGUAGAAGGCUUAUCUGGAUCGCAUUCUCUCGAUGUUUGACAUUUUUCAUCCCAGAUUUUAUACUUUGCUAUGUGGGCGGGAUGAAAACCUCAGCAUCUCGUAAUGCUUGGAGAGAAAAAAUAGCCAUCCUCUUUCUAUUUUUACUUUCAGCAGGUUUUUUCUGUGUGUGGCUAGAAUUUAUUUCGAGCUAUUUCUGUGAUCCAGAUAAAACGUACGAAUACAACGAAGUCUUUGCUAAUGAUUCAAAAAUGGCUGCUAUUCAUGGGAAGGCGGUGGAUUGGAGAUCUGUAGAUUCUUCUUCUCCUUCUUUUGCAACAAAAAAUGCUAUGGUGCAAUGGGUCAACCAGUAUCCUCAUCACGAUCUAUCCAACAAUUUCCCCACAUUUAUGGUUUUGAAUCGACCGUCCAACAAAGCCUUCUAUGCCGAUAGUAUUGUCAACGAUUGUGUUUUUGGUCAGAAUAAAGCAGAAGAAGCAGAUGCUUGGUUAGAUUUUGUGCUCGAGUCGAAUCCAGGCUAUACAUACGAAACGAUCUCCAAUGUCAAACAGCUAUUACAAUGUCCUAUGCCCAAUCAGCCCAACGUAACAGGCAGUCCUUGUUUUUAUGGACCAGAGGUGGAGGCUGAGUUAAGCAUGUUACCAGUAAAAGGAGAUGUAGAGUACGAUCCAAACGUCAUUUACAAAUUGUAUAAUGGUCUACCUUCGUCAGAUAAUUCCACCAAGCAAGCUUAUGUCAUUCUGGACGGCUAUGUGCUGGAUGUCACAACCUAUCUCACAGGCGCAACCAAUAUUAUUCCACUCUCCUCAACACUCAGUUCUCGUUCAUUUGCUUUAGACAGGAUGUUUUUGCCAUUGGAUUUGACCAUGUUUUUGUACAUCAACCUCGGAAAAGAUAUCUCUGAAUAUUUUGAAGGGAAUGUGACCGAAAACGCUGCACUUUACCGCAAUUGUCUCAUUCAUCUUUUCCGGAAGGGAGUCGUACCCUCUUAUAUUUCAUCCGAUUGUCGACGCAUCAAUCCUGCUUUGUGGGCCACCAUGGGCGUAGGCUUGAUUUACUUUCUGAUAAAAAUGAACCUAGCUCAACUAUUUCGAGCUACCUUUAUUCAGAAACGAUGCUUGCUUCCCUCUUUGUCCAUAGCAUCAUCGAUGGCUCACAUAAACACUUUCUCGCAUGUCAACUCUAUGCAAGAACAACAUCAACAACCAUGGCCUUAUGUCGUACUAAUGAUACCAUGCUUCUCUGAAUCUGCAGAAACACUGAAACAAACGAUCGAUUCUGUCUCUCGCACCACCUACGAUGACCGUAGCAAGAUACUCGUUUUCAUUUGUGAUGGUGUGACCAUCAGUGCACAAGAACGGAUAGAGACACAUAUUCUAUUGCUUCAAUAUUUAGGCUACAGUCGUACAGAAAAACCCUGGCCACAGCCUUAUUCAUCCUUGGGUCAACAUCAAAAACGAUUCAACUGUGCAUGUGUUUAUUCGGGAUUUUUUGAAACAGGUCGAAAUCGAGUCCCCUAUCUUGUUAUUGUGAAAGUAGGUCAAGAGCAAGAGCAAGAAAAAUAUUCCCAAAAGGGGCAACAGCAACAACAACAACAACAACAAGAAAAAGAAAAGUUGGCACCGCCUGGCAAUAGAGGAAAACGAGAUUCGCUUUUGAUCUUGUUCAGUUUUCUUGAGCGCUGUUCCAACCUAGCUGACAAUCUCAUGACGCCUCUCGACUAUGAAAUCUUUAAUCAAUGUUACAAUGUGUUGGGCAUAGACCCCCGAUUGUUCAAAUAUGUCAUGGUGACAGAUGCAGAUAUUCAAAUACAAAAUGAUGUCGUACAGCGUUUGGUAUUGAGACUUGAACAGGAUCCAAACAUGUUGGCUAUCAGUGGGCAUGUACGUCCUGCGAAUCCUGAAGAGAAUUUGACGACCAUGCUGCAGAUUUUUCCUAUCUACAUGACUUAUUUUUCUGCGUUUGCUUUUGAAGCUUGUUUGAAAAGUGUGAUGACGAUCAAUGGCGGGCUAGUGAUGUAUAGAGUCUGGAAGGAAACGGAUAGGCGAUUCACCUUACAACAACAACAACCGAAACACGACACUCCUUUCUGGAAAAAUACGGGUGGCCAUCCAAGAUCCACGGUGCAAGAUCAAAGGAAUCCGUUUGCUGAUACAGCAGCAGCAGCAGCAGCAGCAUCCGUUCAUCAUGGCAUGCGUCCCGAGUCCCGUUUCAUAUUCGGCAAAACUUUGAAUCGUCAGCUUUGCUGUGUUCAUCCAACUGUUAUACGAGGAUUUUCGACCCCUCAGGCCAAUACGAUGCAUAGGGCCAAUGUCUUGCUUUUAGGUGAAGAUAAAAUCCUCCCUCUUCUUCUAUUGAAAUCGCAUCCUCGACAUCAUCUGGGGUUCGAGCCCGAAGCAGUGGGUUAUACCACACUACCUACCCGAUUCUUUUCUUUACAAGGACAUCAAGUGCGCCAUCUUCGUGCCACAUUUCACGCGCAAUUGGAAUUUCAGCGAGCGGCGUGGCACCUGGGCUUCACCUAUUGGCUCCUUUCCACCACCGAGGUCCUCGAUAGGGUCUUUUUUACGCCGAUUAUUGUGUAUUUAUACGGUGUCUUUGGACGCGCUUUGGGGCAAUAUGGCAUGGCGUAUGUCAUUAUUGCUUGCUCUUUCACCGGACUGGUUGUUUUGCAUUUCUUGUUUUUCAUGCUGAGACGGCAGUUUCGGUAUAUUUGUUGGUUUAUUCUGUAUUGCCUGUUGUCUCUGCCGCUGUACGCUGUUUGGUUUCCUUUGUUAGCUGUAUGGCAAAGUAACCAGGCAGAGUAUUGGUAUGAUGUGUGGCCAAGAUCCCAUGGUCAACGGACACGAUGGCACGGUAUCAUUGAUCCUGCAGUCCACAAU